CAAAGCAAGAUUAGGGUAUAUUUGUUUGUUGUGUUCUGGAAAGGGGGGCGGAUCGGGGUAGUGACCCGUCUGGACUGGUAAACAAACCAAACCAAACCAAACCCUGCACGUCUCGUCUCCCCUCUCCUCUCCUCAGAGGCAUCUAUUCCCACUCUCACACCAUACCAGACUCUUGCCACCAAUCCCUAUUCCUUAUCAUCUAUCUAUUUAUCAAUACUCACUCACCUUCCAGAUUGCAUCUUCUCCUGCGUUUCCACUUCCAGGUCAACACUUAUUGGAUAAGAUUUUAUGCCUUAUAAUCGUCCUCGUGCCACAGGGUUGGAUUGGAACCGAUGGGAAAGAAAGUCAGAAAGAAGAGCCGAGCUUCUGCUAAGGAGAAGGUGGUUACUUCCCAUUUGGCAAAAAAGGUUACGGAAUCAUGCAACCCGACUGUUGAGUCUGUUGAUGAGGGGGUUGUGGUUGCAAAAGAGAUAAAUUUUUGCUCUCAUCUUGUAAAAGGGGUUAAUUUAAACAGAUUGUCCAGUAAGAUUGGGUCUUCUGAAUCAAUAAGGUGUGAAGAUUGUAGGGAAGGUGCAACUGAUAGGAGGAGCGGUAAAGGAAAAGGUAAACAUGGAAAGAAGAAAGGUGGUGCAUCAUUAGAUUCAAAAUCUGAGUCAAAGUCUAUAUGGGUUUGUUUGGAGUGUGGUCAAUAUACCUGUGGAGGCGUGGGGCUACCUAUAACCCCUCAAUGCCAUGUGGUAGGGCAUGCGAGGAAAAAUCGGCACCCCUUGGUGGUUCAUUUUGAUAAGCCACAAUUAUGUUGGUGUUUUUCUUGUAACAUGCUUAUUCAAGUUGAUAAAAUUGAAAAAACUGAUGAAUCAAGUCAUCUUUUACCUGAUGUUGUGAAAUUGUUGAAAGGACGAUCAAUUGAAAAAUCUUCUGGUGAUAAUGAGGAAAUUUCCGUUGGGGAUGGAAGUGUUACUCCAGAAAUUAAGUCAAGUGCUCUGUUAACAAAUGAUUCAUAUGGACAAGGUGGUUAUGUAGUUAGAGGUAUGAUUAAUCUUGGGAAUACUUGCUUCUUCAAUUCAGUCAUGCAAAAUCUGCUAGCUAUGAAUAGAUUGCGGGACAACAUUCUAAAGUUAGAUGCCCCUGUUGGGCCACUCAUUAGUUCAUUGAAGAAGCUUUUCACUGAAACAAACCCUGAAUCAGGAUUGAAAAGUGCUAUAAAUCCUAGAUCUUUUUUUGGCUGUGUCUGUUCAAGGUCUCCCCAAUUUCGAGGAUAUCAGCAGCAUGACAGCCACGAAUUGCUCCGUUGUUUAUUGGAUGGAUUAUGUACCGAGGAACUAGCUGGAAGGAAACAGAAUGGUUCUCCCAAAAGAGAUGGGAUCUCUUCCAAUACAUUUGUUGACGCUUUAUUUGGGGGUCAGAUAUCUAGUACCGUGCGUUGCAUAGAAUGUGGGCAUUUCUCAACAGUGUACGAACCUUUUUUAGAUCUUUCACUGCCUGUUCCAACUAAGAAACCUCCAUCUCGAAAGGCUCAACAAGUAUCUCGAACCAAAAAGGCAAAACUUCCACCAAAAAAAGGUGGAAAAACUCGAGUUAAAGUUAACAGGGAUACUGAUCCCUUACCUGUUCAAGUUCAAUUAAACCAAUUAUCCAGCCACAGAUCAUCUUGCCCUGAUCAGUCAAUCAUAUCAGUUGCUGGAGAGAUGGGGACUUGUUCUGGUGAUUCUACACUGUUAGGUUCCGAAGAAAUACACAGUGUAGCUGAUAAAGCUCACUUGUCUUCACCUAAUUUGGUUACUGUUGGAGAGUCUCAAAAUGUGCAAGUGCUUGACAAUGGUUCAAUGAAAGUGUCAGAUGAUUUUACAUGGCUGGAUUAUGUGGAUGCUGAAACAAUGAUUCAUGAAUGUGAUUUCAUUUCCCAAAAGGUGGAUGCUCCAGAGGUACGGGAUACUGAGAGCAAAGAUGAUUGUUUAAAUGAAUUCCAUGUACAGGAAAGCUGUGAAUCUAGUGGUCCUGCUUGUUUCCUUAAGGAUGAUCAAAACCUAAGACCCAAUUUUUCUUCAGCAAAUGGGUGGGAAGAUGAGGUUCCGUUACAAGUUCAAGGUUCAGAAGUGCUGUUACUUCCAUACAAAGAAGAAAGGUCCUCGGCUGCUGAGAUCAUUGGAGGAGAUGGCGAGGCCUCCUCAUCAGUUUUGGGUGGUGGUCAAGAAGAAUUGGAGUUUGAUGGAAUUGGUGACUUAUUCAAUGAGCCUGAAGUUGUUGCCGGGCCUGCUCCUAGACCUUCCUCGUGUAACGAGGUCAUGGAAGCUGGCUUUAUCAUUGGAAGCAACAGUGAGUCUGAUCCAGAUGAAGUAGAUGAUACAGAUUCUCCUGUCUCUGUAGAGAGUUGCUUGGCUCAUUUUAUAAAACCUGAGCUUCUCUCCGAUGAAAAUGCAUGGCAUUGUGAAAACUGUUCAAAAGUUCUCCAACGCCAAAAGAUGGAAGAUGAAAAGCAGGCAAGAGCUGUAUCUGAUGGAAAUAAGACUGGAAGUCGUGAUGAACCAUUUUCUGCAGCUAACUCUUGUUCUGUUAAGGUCAGAACCACUGAAAAUGGGGACUCAAAAAAUGACAGAAAUAUAGAAAGUUUGGUUUCAUGUGUUGAACACGGCACUGAGCUUGAAAAUGGUCAAAGAGAUGAGCUUAAUUUAAUUGUUAAUGAAAGGGAUAGUGGGGCUUUUGAAAUGGAAGAUACACAUAAUGAUGAACUGCAGUCUACAGAGUUUCAUAAUGCACGCAAUGAAGAAAGCUGCAGUCAGUUAGCUGCUGAUUCUUGUGUUACUGAAAAUAUGCAUAUAAGAGAUUCUCCGAUGUUAGGCAAUGAUAACAAUGACUCAGAAGAGGUUGACUCCAAAAGUGUGAAAGUGAAGAGGGAUGCUACUAAGAGGGUCCUCAUUUAUAAAGCUCCACCAGUCCUGACCAUUCAUUUGAAGAGGUUCAGCCAAGAUGCCCGUGGUCGCUUAAGUAAAUUAAAUGGCCAUGUCAAUUUCAGGGAAACAAUGGAUAUUAAACCGUAUAUUGAUCCCAGGUGCAUAAUUGAAGAAAAGUAUGAAUACCGCUUGGUUGGUGUGGUGGAGCACUCGGGAACUAUGAGAGGGGGUCACUAUAUUGCAUAUGUUAAAGGGGGGCAGAGGAACAGAGGGAAGGGAGAUAAAGAGAGCGAGGGUUCCACAUGGUAUCAGGCAAGUGAUGCAUAUGUGCGUGAAGUUUCUCUUGAUGAAGUUCUUCGCUGUGAGGCAUACAUUUUAUUCUACGAAAAAAACUGAGUGGAACGUCUACUUUUUACGUAUUUACAUCCGAGGUAGAUAUAGAGGUUUACUAAAUUUAUAAAUUUGAGAGGGAGAUAAAUCAUUGCGGGUGAGUGUAAAAGCAAUUUUAUAUACCAUUUUUUCGACAUGUAAUGAGUUGUUGAACUUGAAUGUACAAUGCGAUGUCAUACAAUCAAAAGUAAAUUUUUUCUUUUGGCGCCUA